AUGACGAAGGGAAAGGAAACUAGAACUCGACGGUGUUUACUAAUAGUUUUAGUGGUGUUGGUGUUCGGCCUUGCUGGGCCGUUACGAGCAAGCUUGGCUACCACCAAUACCACAAUAUCUAUAUGGAUUGACGAGACUUCAUUGCUACCAACCAUUUCAGCGGAGUCCAAUUCAACUACAAAUGAGGAGAGACAAAUGGGCAAUGUGAUUACUGAUAGCCAGUCCGUUGGGACAAAUGUGACCGCACCAAUCACUACCGUUGCAUAUUUAGUGUCUGUCACUGGAUGCACUAAGAGUUUUGCCACCAAGAUUUACGAUUUUGGAGCCGUCUUGAAGAAGUCUAUCGAUUUGAACUCCUUCCCACUCCAUCCCAGAUCUCGAUAUGGAAGUAAAACCUUUGUCCUUGUGACUCCCGAGACGAAGACAACCAAGUGUGUCAAGCAUCUGAAACGGGCUGGUUUCCAACCAUAUUCCGUCAAAUUCCCAGUCAAGUUCAGUGAAAUUCAACAGGUGGAGGGUGCCAAGAUCUUUCGAAAAAACAUUCGUAGCGAUGGAUGUUGUGGAGAGAAGGAGUUGAUCAAGUUGCAUGCCUAUAGCAUGACGGACUUUCCCGUAGCAAUUCAUCUUGAUUUGGAUACUCUUGUAGUAAAUCCAUUGGACCCGGUGAUUGAUGCCAUGGUGUUGCCACCGGACAAUCCAACUGGGCGAGACGCUCGAGAACUUCUCUUUGCUCCCGAGUUACCGGAAUCCAACACCAGCUUUCGCUAUCCUAGAAUGGCGACACCCACCUACAAGGCAUCGGUUCCUCUCGACAAGCUGGACGUUCAGGCGUACUACACCAGGGAUUACAACAUGCUGAAACGAGGCAAAGGACUAAAGGUUGGCCUUCAGGGUGGAUUUAUUAUGGUGAAACCGAAUCUUACUACCCUCGAGACACUUGUGAAUAUGGUGAGGUCGGGAAAGUAUUACAAUGCCAAAGGGGGGAGGCAAGGAGGGUGGUUUAGAAGUGGAUAUUUUUCGCACAUAUGGGGAUCCAUGACCAUUCAAGGACUGCUGGCUUACUACUACAGCGAUGUCGCACAUGAUACGAGCAUUGAACUGAACCGAUGUCGAUUCAAUCAGAUUGCCGAAAACCCUCGGCGGUCAUCCUUCGACAAACGAGGAAAGUAUCCAAGGGGCACACCAAUUUCUGUUGAUGCUGAUUAUAAGGAUAUGGAUUGUCGUGAUCGACCAGGUUCCGACUGCGAUGAUGUACAGUGCCAAAAAUGGCCGUUGGAAGAAACUUUCAUUUUCCAUUUCACAUACUGUAAGACUCCUACGAAAUGUGGGGAUAUAUCCUAUAAUGAAACAUACAAAGACCAUCAGUGCAAUUUGAUGUACCGAAAGUGGUUUGAUGUGCGAAAAUUAGUAUCUGGUGAUAAACAUGAUAGAAUCGCUACCGGAACAUAUUAUCCUGAUCAUUAUCGAGGGUAUUGCCGUGAAAAAGGAAAGUACAUAUCUAUUCCAUCGCUGGACAAGGCAAGCAAUGGUGGCAGACAGUAG